AUGUCUGCUUUGAAGAACAACGAAGGCUUCGAAAAGCGGCAGAGCGCCGGCAUAGAGGGGCCGAAUGGCUACCCAGUCCCAAAUUCUGUUUCUCUGCUCAAUCCCUAUAUCUGUCUCAAGCAGUCUGAGUUGAGACGGAUACAACGCUCACGACUCAGUGCGGGGCGACCAACCCCACUUCUUCUCUGGCGAGAGGCACAGCGGUUUGCGCUGGCACGCGUGCUUAUGCAAAGGGCAAACAAUUUGAUAUUUGAUGAGGCCACAAGCGUCCAAGAUGCAGACACUGAGGCUCAUGAACCGCUGCUCCAAAUCAACUCUACAUCUCUUAUCAACUUCCAUCAACGAAAAUUGCCACGCGAAUACACCAACCUAUGCAAUCUCUGCCCCCGCUCAUUCCUCUUCGCCAUCGUCGCCAACGUCGGCCCCGGUGGCACCACCCGCACCCUAGUCAUCGCCUACCACCAGGGCAACGAUGACAUCUCAGGCGAGCAGACCUUCGUGUCGCGCGACGACUACUUUGUUUCAGAUACCCUCGCGCUGAUUGAAACAUUUCGGACCCCUCAGUCGCAGACCCAGUCUCAGUUCCAGGGCGCCGGCGAGCCCCAUGUGAAUCAGCGCCCCAGCGUCCCAGACACGCCACAGCCGCGGUUUCUUGUACCAGAGGGCUACUCCUGGGGCAAGCAGACAGAGCCGCAGCUUGUGCUGCCGUGGCGCGCCUGUGCCGAGUUCCCCUUUACAGCAACGUGCCUGAUACUGGAAUUACUGUGCGACUACAGCGACGGCGAAGACUAUGGUGCUUCCGUGAGACCUAAACUCAAGCGCAACAACCACCGCACGCGUCCGGGCGAUGUCCAGCUGCAAUCGCUGGCCACUUACGGCAUCGCAGCGUUUCUGAUUAGCUAUAUGGACGACGCGGAGUAUCAUGCCUAUGACUGCGAUCCUGUUGAGGAUCCGCCGCCUGAGAGGAGCCGGAUGUUGUGCGCACCAGCCGAGGCCUCGUGCGCUGUUGUCUAUUCGGCAGUGGUUGGGGGAGUACUUGAACUUUCACCACUUGAAGAAUGA